AUGGCACGGUCUUUGCACAAGGUGCAGAAGCAGAUAUCCAAGAAACAUGGUGGCAAACCAACUGCGCUGCAUGAAAACAGUCGUCAUGCUCAAAGAUUACGACAAGCAGGCGCAAGAGAGGACAAGCUCGCUAGAAUUGCAACUGCUGCUGCGAGAUCGAACCAGAUCUACAUCGAUAGGGUAGCUUACUUUCAGGAUGCUUUGGCAGAAUCCACAGCACCACUAUCAGAAUCACAACUGCAGAACCUGGUCAAGGAAUUCAUAGGCCGUGACGAUACAGAGUUGGCAGAACUCAGAGCCGCUCAGAGACCAGGUCGGCCUCGCAGCAAGGCGGAAGAGAACAUUCAAAAUCGUAUCGACAAUGAAUCAAAGGAAUUCAAAGCUGGUUUUUGGGCUCCAGAUGUUACGACUGAAGACGGUCUCGAGCAUCUGAAGCGCUGGGGUGGUUCGUGGGGCGGAUUAAACACGCUCAAAUUCUGCCGCGUCGUCAAAGACGGCGAUAUCCAGAAAUCCUCAUUCCCUCCAAAGUCAUUGUCAUGA